GGAGGAGUUGUAGUCACACCUCCCACCCUUCGAUGACCAUGCGUUUAAUUGAAACCCCACCACGCUCCCUAACUCGGUCGUCUUUGACGUUUCAUCUUCCGAGCAAUCACCGCAAGAAUGAUCAAACCAUCGCGUAGUUCCCCGAUCAGUUAGUUGUCUCCCCUAAGAGCUGAAGGGGAAGGCCGAUCCCUCCCAUGCCCCUGCGAGGCCAUGUCUCGGCUCCUCCUCUGCACCCUCUUUCUCUUGUUCCUCCGAGCUUCCUACAUCGAGAUGACUUGGGCCGACGAAGCCGACGACUUCAUAAAAGAUUGCACGAAUGCAACGUGUGGAGGUCUACCGAUCAGAUACCCCUUCCGGCUGCAAACCAGUCCUUCGUACUGCGGUGCUCCAGGCUUAGAGGUCUCAUGUUCCGGCGGUGACGCCGUCCUCGCACUCCCGCGGAUAGGAUCCUGCAAAGUCAUCGAUAUCGAGUACUGGUCCGGCAUGGUUCGAAUCAAGCUGGGGGAGUCAUGGGCUCGGUGCCCCCUGCGGACCCUCAACUCCACCAACCUCACGACCCCCAUCUACCAGCCUCUCGGUGGCUAUGACCUUCUUUUGCUGAGCUGCUCGAAAGAGAUAACACGAGUUCCGGAAUGGAUUGCUGGGCCGAUCUCGUGCCUGGGCAGUGAAGGCCGCUUCGGUUAUGCAGCCGAAGCGUACGAGUCCAUGGACGAGAUGCCUGCCGGCUGCAACGUGGACUCGCCUGUUAGCGAGAUCUCUAACUAUGAAAAUGGGGAGGACUCCUCAUUUAAUGGGGCGGUGCAGUACUUUAUUCGAACGCAAGAAAUGAGCCUUCUACUGACGAUGCCGGAGAUCGAUACAUGCAGGGCCUGUGAGACAGCAAACAAGCGCUGUGGAUUCAGCCGAAGGAGAAACAAAACCUACUGUAUGAGCGGGCCUCAUCAUGGUCCCAACUUUAAGCUCAUUGUAGGCCUAUCCAGUGGUGGAUUUGUUGUGCUUGUAUUGGCAGCACUCCUCACUCUAUUAUACGUCAUAAGGAAAUCUGCGAGAGACCAAGAAACACGUGUGAAGGUAGAAAAGUUUCUAGCAACCUAUAAUAGCGAUGCGAAGCCAACACGAUACAGUUUCGCUGAUGUUAAGAGGAUGACCAAGAGAUUCAAGGACAAGCUGGGGCAAGGCGGAUACGGAAGCGUGUACAAAGGCGAGCUACCCAAUGGAAUUCCCGUAGCGGUGAAGAUGCUGGAGAAAUCCAAAGGCGAGGGCGAGGAGUUCAUCAACGAGGUGGCCACCAUCGGAAGAAUUCACCACGUCAACAUCGUCCGUCUCCUGGGGUUCUGCUCCGAGGGGUCAACCCGCGCUCUCGUCUACGAGUUCAUGCCCAACGAGUCCUUGGAGAAGCGCAUCUUCUCGAGGGACGCUAAAGAAGCGGACAAGCCGUCUCUGAGCUUGGAGAAGUUGCUCCACAUCGCGACAGGCAUCGCUCGGGGCGUCGAGUAUUUGCACCAAGGAUGCCAACAACGCAUUCUUCACUUCGACAUCAAACCCCAUAACGUUCUUUUGGAUGAUGAACUCAAUCCGAAGAUUUCGGACUUUGGUCUUGCCAAGCUUUGCUCCAGGGAGCAGAGCCUGGUGACCAUGACGGCUGCGAGGGGGACGAUGGGCUACAUCGCCCCGGAGAUGUACUCCAGAAACUUUGGGACGGUCUCCUACAAAUCAGACGUCUACAGUUUCGGUAUGUUGGUCUUGGAAAUGGUAGGGGGAAGGAAGAACCUUGAUCCUGAGAUCGGAAAAGAGAGCGAGAUCUAUUUUCCGGAAUGGGUGUAUGACAGAUUAGUUCAGAACCAGGAUCUGGGAUUGGCAAUGCAGAUGGAGGUUAAAGAGCAAGAAGAAAUCAUGAAGAAGCUCGUUAUCGUGGCUUUAUGGUGCAUUCAGUGGAGUCCUAUGGAUCGACCUUCCAUGACUAGGGUACUGCAGAUGCUAACAGGGAACUUGCAGAGCUUGCAGAUACCCCCCAAACCUUUCGUCUCCUCACUGGAUCAUGGAAACUGAUACAAACGCUGCAUCGUGACCGAUGAAGCAACCCAUGAGAGAGCAGACUGAAGGUGCAUGCUGCACAUUGUGACUUGCUCUUCGUAUAGUAGGCUAUAUCUAGGCUUCAGGCGUUCAUGUUGCGUAAGGUGUUCGACAAGGUCGAUCUCAAUGUAUUUGGUAUUUUACUGUUAACUUUGUUGUGUUGGCUCGAGAAGACUCUCGUUCUGGGCAGCAUUUCAACUUCUAUAAAGCUCUUGUUCUGCUUUCGCAA